UUCUGUAAAAAUUCGCUAUAGCCUUUAUUAACACCUACGCGACAUCGCCACUACUAACUCGCUAGCAAUUGCAAUCAAGCGUGACCGUUGUUUAUUAUAUUUUCGAUGAUGUGAUGUUAUUAUCGCGCAUAUAUUAUUUUGAUUAAAAAUUCGUUUGUAUACUAGGUAUUCAGUAUCCAAUGUCAUUGCGUUUAAAUCGAGGAAAGUGUACUAUUAGCGUUUAUUUAGUGCUUUAGUUUCAUAGUGUCGAACGUUCAAGAUGCCUGUGACACUCGUAGACAGGUUGCCCUUGCCGAAUCUCAAGGUUUAUUCGGCGGGAAGUGUUUUACUGCUAUCGGUGGCUGUAUAUUAUGCGGUUAACGUCACUAGUGAUCCUAACUGGCGAGCGAAUGCAACCCUGCAGCGGCAGGAGGCGGAUACUGUCGAAAGUGAUGUGAAGAUGAUGGAAGCAGUGCCAGCUGCCCUGGAAACCAACGCGACGAGGAACAUCACCGAGCAUGUCGUAGAAGUGAUGACGUUCAUGAUGCAAGAACCACUGUGUAUGUGGACCCUAAUCAACAUGGCGUACUGCACGCUGGCGCUGUGCGGCGUGGUGGUGCAGCGCGCGGUGUUCGGGCGGCUGCGCGUGUCGGAGGCGCAGCGCGUGAAGGACAAGUUCUGGAACUACGUGUUCUACAAGUUCAUCUUCGUGUUCGGCGUGCUCAACGUGCAGUACAUGGACGAGGUGCUCAUGUGGUGCGGCUGGUUCACGCUCGUCGGCUCGCUGCUGCUCUUGACGCAGCUGUGCAAGGAUCGCUUCGAAUAUCUCUCGUCGUCCCCGAGCGUGUCUCGCUGGGCGCACUUGCGGCUGCUGGCGCUGCUCGCCGGCAUCCUGCUGGCGGGCAGCGCGCUGCUCGCCGCCGCCGUGCGCUGGGGGCUGCCCGCCGGACGGGACACCUUCGCGUUCAUGGCCGCUGAGUGCGCGCUGGCGUGCGUGUCGUGCGUGCACGUGGUGGCGCGGUUCGUGCUGCGCGCGCGCGACGCCGACGCGGCCGCGCCCGCUGCGUACUACACGCACCUGCUGUUCGAUUCGGUGUCGCUGGUGCUGGAGACGGCGCACGUGGCGCACAUGGUGGUGCACAGCAACGCGGUGGUGUCGAUGGCGUCGCUCGUGCUGCUGCUGCAGCUGCGCCACCUGCUGCACGCGCUGUUGGCGCGCCUGCGCCGGCACCGCCUCUACACCGCGCUCGCCCACCACAUGGCCCGCAAUUACCCGAUGGCGAGCCCGGAGGAGGUGGCGAAGAACCAGGACAACUGCGCCAUCUGCUGGGAGCCCAUGAAGGAGGCGCGCAAACUGCCCUGCGCACAUCUCUUCCACAACUCGUGCCUGUGCCGCUGGGUGCAACAAGACGCGUCGUGCCCCACGUGCCGGCGCGCGCUGUCCGCUCAGCCCGCGCGCACGCCGCUCACUCCGCUCACGCCGCUCAACCCGCUCAAUCCGCUCAACCCGCUCAACCCGCUCACGCAGAUCGGCAACGACGCGAACAAUGCGAACCACCUGUUCCACUUUGAUGGUUCCCGCUACGUGUCAUGGUUGCCGAGUUUCUCCGUAGAAGUGACGCGUGUGCGCGCCGACUUGCCCCCCGCGACUCCUGCAACCCCCACAACCCCCGCCACUGCGACCCCCAACCCCACUGGGGCGACUCCCGGCCCCGUAAUCGCUGAGCUGGAGAUUAACACACCGCAUUUGGAUGCUAUGCUUGCUCAGGUGUCGGCGGUGUUCCCGCAGGUGGCGGCGGCGCGGGUGCGCGCGGACCUGCUGCGCACGCGCUCGCCGCACCGCACCAUCGAGAACAUCCUCGACGGCGCGCUCGCCCCGCACCCCGCCCCCGGCCCGGAGCCCGACCACGUGGCGCCCGCUGCGGGUACGUACGGGGGGCUGUGGUCGUCUUACAAUCAAACAGUUCGACGACAUGGUGGAGUACGGCCUGUACCAGGAAACCCGUGUCCCAGCAGUUGGAACGUAUAUGGGCUGAUGAACGAAACAGCUUCAGACAACGAUAGUGAAAUAGAAACGAGUCCCUCCAUCUCAUCCACUGACUCCACGCCUGUCACCGGCACUCAUGACGGCACGAUACUGCAAGAUCCGAUUCAAGUGGAGUUCUCCCAGAACGCAUCGGAACGCGAAGUUUUACUGCGCAAGCGCAAACAGCAGCUCAUAGCGGCGGCUAGACAGAAGUACCUCGAGAAGAUAUCGCGGGACGCGCCCAGUGACCACGCUACAGCCAGCCACAGUCACGCCACAGCCGCUUACGGUUACACCACAGCCGCUCACGGUCAUGGUCACGCCACAGCCGCCCACGGUCACGGUCACGCCACAGCCGCCCACGGUCACGCGGAGCAGUGGCCGCGCAGCUGAGUGUUCCGCCACAUCAUGACGCGCGUCGCGAGCACGGCGCUCACGCGGCACUCGCGGUACGACGCGCGGCCUACGUAAACUGUGUAUAGUGGUAUAGUGAAGUGAUCUAGUGCUUGUGGGAUAAUUUGAAUUUCGCUGCGGGAUUUAUAGUGACAGUUUGACUUGAUACUGACAAUAAUCGUUGCCAUAAGAAAAAAAAAGUGACAGUCACAGUUUGACGUUGACAGUGACAGUUGUAAAGUAUGACGUGGAAAUUGACGUAUUCGAUGUUUUUUCGCUCCGGUGCGUAAAGGGUUAGAUUUGGAUACUUAAUUUUGGUCUGUUUGUAAAAAAAUAUUCAAGCUACAUUUUGUAUAAUCUGUACAAAAAAAGUAAUGUAUCCUUUAAAAACUAAGCUUACUAUACAAAAGCCGCCACGAUAUGGCGUACUGUGUCCACGAAAACAUGUCGAUAUUUAAUUGGGUAUAUGUGGGGCCGUCCAAAAAGUGUAGAGGGGAGGGAAAACUCGAUACAAAAUUUGUAAAUAGACCAUAACAAUUUAAAUGUUAAAAAAAACAUGCUAAAUAUCUUGCAGAUUAAAAAAUUUAGAUUUUCGUGUACAGUCAUCAUAAAAAACUUGCGUGAGAAAAAAAAAAAUCGAAAUUUAAUACAUACAUUUCUUAGUUUUUACGAAUAAUUACUUAUAUGCGUGCAGUAGAAGUUGUACAGAUUAAAUUAUCAGCAAAAGUAUGCCUUUAAUAAUAUGGUAAUAUGAUCUCAGACGCAUUAGUUUGUAAAUAUUAUCUACAGACUGUAGAUAUUUAAAAUAUCGACCUACUAAAUUAUUGAGUAAUACCAGAUAUGUAACACUUGUAAAAAUACCGUAAAUUUUUUAAUUAUUAUCUUACAAGAUAUAUACUAUUAUCAUGGACGAAUAUAAUAUUCGUCCAUGCUAUUAUAUGCAUAGUAAGCAAACUUUUAUUUCAGUAAUAAUUACUUUUAUAUUUUUUAUUUAAAACUACACUUAAAAGACAAUAAAAGAUAUGUCUUAUUUCCGCACAAACUAUAGGUUUUUGUCACUUUAUUUUACAACAACUAUUAAUAUAAUUCAGUAAUUUUAAUAUUAACACAUGCAAUGUAUAAUUGUUAUUAUUUAGUUUUUAUUUUAUGAGAAUUGUCGGAAUGUACUGCGGUUAUAAUAUGUACAUCUACAUAUUAUAUAUUGUAUGCUUAAUGCUAUACAUUUAUAAGCAUGUUUUUCAAAUUAUAUUCAGUCAUAUUUUAAUAUUCGUGAUUAAUUUACCAUUUAUAAUAUUACAAUAAGGCGUAUAUAUAUAUAAAGUAUCUUGCCGCCUGUGUGUUUCUUGAUGUGAGAACUACGUAAUAUAAAUUUUUGUGUAUUUUAAGUAGUUUUGAGGCUGAUUGUAUUUGUAUAGUUUUAUAAUACCCGAGACGCAGGCACUUUAGACUUGGUGAGAGCUUAUAUAGUUUGACGUUCGGAUUGCCUGCGAGUUGGGUCAAAAUAUUCUUAGUACUCUUAUGCUAGUUAAUAUAUCGUAACAAAAUAUUCGUGAAAUAUAUCGCUAGUGAAGAAACUAGACAAAGGUUUUACAAAAUAGUUAUAAUUAUUGUAGUCAUUUGAUCAUCACUCCACCAGUGAUUGCAAAUACUUUUAUCUUUUGUGAAUGUUAGUGUAUGUGAUCUCGCGAUGUUAUAUGCACAUAAAUAUAGUAAAAAUGUUAAAAAUAUAUAUAAGUAUAUUUUUUUUCUUUUUUUUGGUAAUACUGAUUUAAGCCCAUAUUAAAAAGAUUUAAUUUACUAUUUCGGAAAAGAUUUGAAUCUCCUAAAAUUUAUAGGCUUAAAUUAUCAGUUGUGUUAUUGAUAAUUAUAUGAUACGAUAAUUUUCAGCUUUAUUUUCACCCGCCUUUAUAAACAUUAUGACAUCUCAUUUUUUUCAAAGGUCAGCUUUAUCUUAGCCCAUAUGGAUUUUUAAAAAACAAUUUUCUUUGUACAGAAUUAUUUUGAGAAGUUCAUAUUAUCUCUGGUUGCUUUAUGCUUUAUAUUUGCAUACUUUAUAAGAAUUGUACUGUUUAUAAAUGGGUGUUACUCUAUUUACCAAUUGUUUAUAUACAUUUGAUUACUCUUUUGUAA